AGCGAAUAAGAUUGCGAAAAAUAAAAACCAUAAAAAUAUACAACCUGAUGACGUAUUUAGAGCCAUAGAAGAAUGUGAAUUUGAUGAGUUUUUACCGAAGUUAAAAGAUGAAUUAAAUGCAUACGUGGAAAUCAAAAGGUCUGCCAAAGCAAAACAGAAUGAAGAGGAAAACGCUACUGGUGGACCACCUUCAUCAUCUAUAGUAACAGAUUUACCCUCUGAUAGCGGAGUAAAAGUAGAGAUUACAAUACCGAACGGAGACCAUGCUACGAAUUUAUAUAGUUAA